AUGGACGACCUCUCAGGCCUCGAUUGGUCUUCUAAGCCAGCCGGCGGCCAACCGAAGCCGCCUAUUAUGAACUCAGCGUUCGCGCCCAUGCGACCAACACCAUCCCCUUUGGGCUCAGGACGUAACACGCCUCUGUCCACGCAGGGCUCUGGAUCCGUGGCCCCUAAGCCGGCACCGACGAAGCCAUCGCAGGACAGUUUCAGCCAUUUGAUGAAUUUCGGACCGGCAAAGUCGAAGCAGAACCUGAGUUUGGCUGAGCGACAGGCGCAACUUGAGGCUGAGAAGCGACAGAAGGAAGAGGAGAGGAGGAAACAACAGGAGGCCCAGUUUGGUAAUGGCCAGUUCUGGGAUUCACUUGGAAGCAGAGGUGCGUCGACGAGCCCUGCUUUACAACCGCCACCCAUCUCAGACACGCCGAAAAUCGACGACGAUGACCUCUUUGCCGCCUUCAAUAAGGAUACCAAAGUCGACAAUUCGAGUCAUUAUCCCCCUCCCGAGUCGCAUCGAUCAACUCCAGCGAAUGGCGCCGCAGCAGCUGCGCCAAUUAACUUGAGCGACCCCAGCGCAUGGAAUCCCAACGGAAAAGGAGCUAAUGGAGGCGCCUUUGGAGUUGAAGAUGAUGAUCCCUUUGGCCUGAAUCAGAUGAAACCCGCUGCUGCUCCUGCGGCGUCUACCCAAUUGGCAGAUGAUGAUGACUUUUUGGGAGAUCUUGCACGUCCAGUUGAGGAGGUGCGACGCAAACAGGAAGCCAACAGACCACAUGCGGAACCUGGAAAGCCUAUUGAGGACGAGGACUCAAGCUCAUCUGAAGAGGAAGCUAUUCCAGCACGUGAGCAGUAUAUUGAAAGAACGCCAAGAGUCAACAAGGAUCCUUUUGAUCGAGCUGUGGCGCAACUUGUGGACUAUGGAUUCUCCGCUGACGAUGCCCGACGUGCUUUGGUUGAGAGCGGCGACGGUUACAAUGCUCAAGCUGCGGUCAAUUGGCUCCUGGACGAGGCGCAUCGGAAGUCCAAGGAACAGGCACAGGGGAAACCCUCGUCUGCCAGUUCUAGCAGGCCCGGAAGUCGACCUCCAAGAGGUGAUAGCAGGUCGCCUGCAGCAAGCGAUCAGGACUUGGCCAAGACAGCUGCUGCCAUGGGCAACAGCCUGUUCAAGACUGCUAACUCACUUUGGAAGACCGGACAGAAGAAGAUGCAGCAGGCUGUCGCUGAUUUCCAACAAGAAGGCGGCGACCCAAGCCAACCUAAGUGGAUGCGGGAAGCACAGCAACAGUCCAGAUCGCAGAGCGCAGGAAAGGCACGAGCAGACGCUACAGACGAAGCUAUGAUGCUUGAAGCUGGCGGCCGCCCACAGCCUCGUCGGACUAACAGUCGACCUACUGAGCAGAGGGCUACUCCUCAGACAUCGAGAGGACAAUCACCCGCUCACUCCGCUGGUAGUCGUGCCAGUCCAGCACCUCGAUGGCAGCAGCAAGCGCCACCACCGACAUCGGCUUUUGAUUCUAAUUCGCGACUCAACAGACUGGCGGCAGAUGAUGAGAUCUCUACUUAUAGAAGCCCCAAUAGGAGAAACAAGACAUCUUCACAGACCUCUUCGCCAGCGCCGCCACCCAAGCCAGCGGAGCCAGAAUCAGAUCUACUCUUUAACUCUCAAGAAAUAAGGCCAUCCCAGUCUAUGCCUUCACGACCCGUUCAGCCUUCUCCUCGACCAACUUCACAGGCUAAGAGACCAUCACCCCCUGUCUCAAGACCAUCACCACGACCAGCUCGGGAGAUCCCAUCUAUCAGCCCCGUUGCGCUCCAAACCUCUACACAGCACCGUCUCCAGGGUACAGCUCACUUCAAGCGAGGUGACUAUGCUGCUGCCCACUCAUCCUACUCGUCUUCGCUGUCAGCUGUUCCACCGACACAUCCUCUUGCCAUCUUGCUCCUCUGUAAUCGUGCUUUGACUGCACUAAAGACCGGAGAGCCUAAGCAGGCUGUCGAAGAUGCCGAUAGUGCACUCAAGCUUAUCGGACCUGGCAAUGGUCAAGGCGAAGUGGUGGCUGUGAAGAAUGAGACUGGAGUAGACGAAAACCGAGACCUGAAAGACCUUUAUGGUAAGGCCUUGAGCAGGAAAGCAGAGGCUCUAGAACAGAUGGAGAAAUGGGGCGAUGCUAGUGCGGUCUGGCAAUUGUGUGUCGAGAGUGGCGUUGGUGGAUCGAAUGCCAUUAAGGGUCGACAGAGAUGCCAAAACACUCUGGCGCCCAAGCCCAAGCCAGCACCGAAGCCAGCCGCCGCCAAACCUCGACCUAGACCCUCCGCAACGGCCAGUCUUGGACCCCAAAAAAGCUCCGAGGCCGUUACGCGUCUUCGUGAGGCAAAUGAGGCUGCAGCUAAGGAGGAUGAUGAGAAGUUUGUACUCUCGGAGAAGGUUGAUGCCAAGGUAUCUGCGUGGCGCGACGGAAAACGAGACAAUAUUCGUGCUCUCCUUGCUAGCCUCGAUAGCGUACUGUGGGAGAACAGUGGAUGGAAGAAGGUGGGCUUGCACGAAUUAGUUAUGAACAAUAAGGUCAAGAUCUCGUAUAUGAAAGCUAUCGCAAAGACACAUCCUGACAAGCUUCCUCAAGAUGCAAGUACCGAGGUUAGGUUGAUCGCGGGAUUAGUGUUUAGCACUCUCAACGAGAGCUGGGAUAAGUUUAAGGCGGACAAUGGACUAUGA